AUGUUCAACGCUCACACCGCUGACAUAGGUAUGUCCUCCAACGGUGUAAGUCGAAAUAUCGUUCACCGGGAAAGAAUCCCAAAAAGUGGACGACAUGUAGCUGAUAGCUGCUUUGUAUCGGUUUGGUCUUGGUACUACCUGCAAUUCCCUCAUUAUACUGUUGCACCUUAUCGUGCAUUUAGGGGAAGUUGGUCCACUUCGGGAGACUAUUCAUAUUCUCAAUAUACCAAUCGAACUAUUGCGUACACUUGGCAAGCUAGCCUCGCCUCAGACAUUCGACAGAGAAUCGGUUUCACCGUCUACCACAGCAGUGACACACUGGGAAUUUUCUAUACAUGGUACGAUUACGUUUCGUCCAAGACCACCGGCGAUACAGCCUUGAUCGGUGCUUCUGGAGCAGGAUUCAGUAAGCCAUACAAUAUAACGUAUUUGCAGAACACACCUGGCAAGAUUCGUGCUGGUGUGAGAUUAGCCUUUGAUACCAAUUGUAAUGGUAGUAUCACCGUUGGUUGA